AUGAACACAUAUUUGGAUCCUGUAGCAUUCACACGUAGCAUAGCCUCCAAUCUGACAGCUGUGUUGGGUGUUGACGCCAAGGACCACCAAAACACAAAGCUCUUGAACUUUUCUUCAGAUAUUUUAGACAUUAAGAUCAAUGCUGACCACCUGUCUAAAAAAUUGUCAGAUUGCUUCACUGAUGAACAAUUUAGGAGUUAUGUGUCCGAUAAAACGGUUUUGUUAACCGAGGGACUCCACCGAAUGCUGGACAGUUGCAUUAAGACUGACCGCUACUUAAACUGUGGUCGCUACAUGUCAUUGUGCCACCAGGUGUACAGGGCCAGAAUCUUCAUUCUCUUAUUUAAAACAGGAUCACAGCUAGACUGCCCGGAGACCUUGGGGAACAGUUGGUCAGAGUUGGACAAUGCCAUCUGUACAGCGGUUGAGACCUUCGACCUUUGCAACAUUCUCACCAGAUGAUGGAAAAUAUUUUAGGUGCAAAUAAUAAUUUGUCUGUGCAUCAGUUAUUUUGGGUUACUGUAAUAUUUUUAAAUUUGAGCAGAUUUUAAAAUGAAAAUACACAUCUGAUUCUU